CUGUCGGCCCGCGGCGCCCGCAUCGCCGGCGGCGCCCCGGGGCUGCUGGACGCGGGCUUCGCCCUCUACGUCGCCGACCCGUUCGAUCGGGAGCUCAACCCGCAGGGCGUCCUGAAUUUGGGCACAAGUGAGAACAAGCUUUGCUUUGACUUAAUAGAGGACAGACUCACAAGACCUGACAUGAAUUAUCUGGAGCCUGAUCUUUUCCAGUAUUCAGAUACACAAGGUACUAGAAGCUUCAGAGAAGAAAUUGCCAAAUUUCUAACUGACUAUGCCAGAGCUGCAAAAGCACUGAAUCCGGAACAUAUAACUGUUAUGAAUGGCUGUUGUGCUGUUUUUGCUACUCUGUCAACUGUAUUAUGUGACCCUGGUGAUGGAUAUCUUAUUCCAGCUCCAUACUAUGGUGGUAUAAAUUCGAAAACAUGGCUAUAUGGUGGAAUACAGCCUGUUCACGUGCCGUUGUUCAGCGAGGUGACUGCCGAAGAAAGUCACCCUUUCCAGUUAACGGUUGAAAAAUUAGAAGCUGCGUUACAGAGAGCUAAAAAGCAGGGCAUCCGAGUCAGAGCAUUAAUCCUGAUCAACCCCCACAAUCCAUUAGGGGACAUUUACCCAGCACAGUUACUGAAAGAAUGUCUAGAGUUUGCGCACAGAUAUGAACUGCAUGUAAUAAUGGAUGAAAUAUACAUGCUGUCUGUUUAUGAUGAUACCACCUUCACCAGUGUUCUUAGCUUAGAUUGUUUACCAGAUCCAGAACGGACACAUUUUAUGUGGGGUUUUAGCAAGGAUUUUGGCAUGAGUGGUAUCAGAGUUGGAGUAUUGUACACCAGAAAUCAUGACAUUCGGAAAGCUGUGAAUCAACUGGCUGUCUUCCAUAGCUGUCCUGGACCUGCUCAGCACGUUCUCAGUCUGUUCCUUAGGGACAGAGAUUGGUUGGAUAAUGUGUUUUUUCCCACCAACAAAAAGCGACUUAAAGAAGCACGGAAUAUUCUUGUGGAUGGGCUUGCAGCUGUUGGAAUACCUGUGCUCAAGAGUUCAGGAGGACUCUAUGUGUGGGCAGACUUCAGAAAAUUCUUAAAAUCGCAGACAUUUGAAGCUGAACUUGAAUUAUGGCAGAAGCUCCUUGAUAAAAAACUCCUGAUUAGUCCUGGAAAAGCUUUUUACUGUUAUGAACCUGGAUGGUUUAGACUGGUUUUCUCCGAUUCUGUAGAUAGGAUUUACUUGUGUAUUCAGAGACUUGAGCAAAUGUUGCAAAGUUACGCUGCUGAACCAGUCACAAACAACACAUCUUCUACUGCAGAUGCUUUAUGCAAUCCAGAAGAAGAUUCUUCAGGCAAACCUUCAAACACACCAGGAAAAGAUGUCUCCCAGCUAAAAAACAUACUUGUUUAUUAAAAUCAUAUAUGCCUUUAAUGACUUUAUAUAAUUCAGCAUGCUUAUAUUUACUGAAGGUUUGGUGAGAGAAGACUAGAACUGCAAAAUUAACAGACUGCUGACAUAGAGGCUCAGUAAGAGGAUUAUCUCACUGUGGAUCCCUAAUAAACUUGGAAU